AUGCCCCCGUCAUCAGAGCUUAGGAGCGGCAACGAUUCUGUGGAAGAAUCGGCGCAAAUGCAACCAGUGAGGCGAUCUGUAAAGUUCGAUCAAACUGUCGAAUUCAGCGACAAGGCAGUUGGGAGGCUGGUAUCUGAGGAAGAAGACGAAAAAGCUGCGAGGAUAAGAGCCAGGGAACGCCAUCGUUUGAGAAGGGAAUGGAGUGGCGAGAUUGCUCCCUCAGCGCCUAUUUCAGCAGGGAAGGCAUCUCCACCGGCACGCCCUGUAAGAAAGAGGUCCGUCGGUGCCGAUACCAAACCAAAAUCCAUGGCUCCCUCAUGUCCCCAACGUAAGCGAUCAAUUGGAUUGACUACCGUGGAUAUUCCAAGCACAUACAGGUCCAAAUAG